UUCAUUUGCGAUUCCUAUAUUGUCUUUGACGAUUCUUCCCACAAGUCGGCUGUAGGAUAGUGGCUGCUGUCGCAACCAUCUUGCAAAUGCGCUCCUUCCUAACACCGGCCCGCCAGCUCAUCUUGCCGCCUCUUCAUUUACCGACCUCUCUCUCUUCAGAUAUCUCUUUUUCAUCUUAUCUGCCAUUCAUAUCCGUCGAACAUUGCAUCUCCACAUCUCAGAUCGCAUGCCCAAUCCAGUCAUCUAACCGAGUCCAGCACGGGCCACCGAUGACGCCGUGGCCCGAGAGGAGCCAGCCAUCUUUCCCCAUAAUCCCGUGUUGACCAAUCAUCAGCGCAGAUCGCCAGAAGCUCGCAGCUCGCUCGAUC